CACAAUACGGAAGCAGCUCAGGAGCCAAACAAACUGCCCCUGGAUGUAGGAUGGACGAUGUAAACGUGUUUCUGACUUUCUUUUCCUUCUAAAAGUCACCACACUAGAUUCGAGGCUGUGUAAAGACUUUGCGCUUCUCUCAGAUGGCUGUGCUGUGUAGACACUAGGAUGGUGCUCACAUUUAACCUCACUCAUCAGAAUAAUCUGUUUUAUUAAAUAUGAGCUUUGGAAAUCUACAGUUAAUGUCAAGCGAUGAUCUCUCGCAUUUUGACAACAUGCAGCUGGUUUGGUUCAAAUCGCCCUGGUUUCUUUUUGGGCACAUUUUUGUUAGUUGUUGUAAUGCUCUCAGUUCAUGCAGGAGGUAUUCAAGCAAGUCUUAGUUUGGGACCAGAAGGGAAUCUACCAAGGUUUAGGGAUGUGUUCCUGUACGCACUGAGCCACGAUGAUGCCCCCUCUCUGCUGGUGAAUCUGUGCUGCCUCCUGGUGGUAGGGCCGUGUCAGGAGCGGCGCUGGGGCACUGUGGCCUUCCUCUCUCUGUCCGCACUCUCCUGGGCUGUCCUGCCCUGUGCCUACAGUCUGGUGCUCUGGGUGGGCGUGGGUGAUGCCAGCCGGGUGUGUGGGUACUCAGCAGUGCAGCUGGCCCUCUUCACAGCGCAGUGCAGACAGGUGAGGAGCAGGAGAGUGUUCAGAUGUGUCCCUGUGUGGCUCCUGCCAUGGAUGGCCCUGCUCUUGGCUCUGCUGCUGCUGCCUGGGGCCCCCGCCCUCCUGCACUUUUGUGCCAUCUGCAUCGGACACAACUACAGUGCAUCCUUCAUUGGGGCACUACAGGAGCUGGAGGGCUUCAGCCCUGUGCACUACCUCCCAGGAUGGUCUUAUGUCUCCUCCUCCUCCAGACUCCAGCUCCCUACACACUCUACCUCACACAGAUACAGUCCACACUCUGAGGCACUACACCGACAAGAGCCCGGCUUUUCUGUGAGCUCCUCUCACCCUCACCCACCCUCUGGAUCCAGCUCUGGGCUAGACCGCUUACAGUCCAGAGGAGGUCCUGGCUGGAGGAUAGACCAGUUAGAGUCCAGAGGAGGUCCUGAAUGGGAUAUAGACCAGUUAGAGUCCGGGGCAGGCCCUAGCUGGGGCAUAGACCAGUUACAGUCUGAAGCAGGUCUCAUGUGGGACAGGUUUCAUGGUUUGACUGAAGCCGAGCUCUUGGAUGACCAAAUGCUCCGGGCAGGGAUCCUGGCAUCUCUGCAGGAUGCCUCAGACAGUCCUCAUCCCGGAGCCGGAGAGAGGCCCCUGGGGUCUGCACACAGCCCUGACCCUACAGCCGAGGCCCUGAACACAGCAGAGGCUAAAGUGGAGCUGCCCAAGUCCUCUGUGUCGUCUCUCAGGCUGCAGCAGCUGGAGAGGAUGGGCUUCCCCACAGAGAAGGCCGUGGUGGCACUGGCGGCGUCCAAACAACUAGAGGGCGCCGUGUCCCUGCUCAUCGACGACCGCAUUGGCUCAGAGGCGAUUGUAGUGGGAGCCAAAACCUCGGGGCCCGCUCCGCACAGAUAAAUGGGAAACUUCAGGGAGUACUCAUCAUUUGACUGUUACAGUUUGAAUAUUGUGAGGGUUCUUUUUGGAGGCUGUAGGUUCAAAUAAAAUAAAUGAUGCUCUGACAUGCACUUCA